GUGAUGAGGACAUGGUCAGUGACGUAUCAGUGAUUUCCGUGGAUCAAGAAAGUGGAGAAAAUGGCGGCAUGUCUGAACAAAACAGCUGCCAAAAUCAUCGACUGGUUGAGAACGCAUUUAUGCACACUGACGUUUUAAAAAAUCCGAUUCCACAAGUAAUCUGUUGAUAAAAACCAAUCAAAAGAGCAUACAACAAACAGAAUCGGGUUCCCUGGUAAUUGUGGAAUCUGGUAGUGUGCAACCAGGAAAAAAGGACAGCUCUAUUGACGGAAACACUCCUCAGCAUGUUGAAAUUCAGUCUGAAUUUACUCGACAACCCAAGGAGGCGAGAGUAACAGUGAAGAAAGAAAUUAAGAUUGACAUUAAUAUCUCAAUGACUUCAGCUGUCACAACCACCGUCACAAAAGAAACACAUCAAUCUAAAUCAAACACAUCUGAGUCUAACACUUCCAUUAAUAUUCAGCAUUCAAGUGAACGUUUCACAGAAAAAGAGGGUUUGAAUGAAAAAAUAACAGCAAAUUCACUCAAUCACGAAACUGACACUCAUAUUUCUAAUUUACCACCUGCUGAAAUUCAUUUUUGCCGUGACAAUAAGGACAAGAUAAUUCAUAACUGCCCAAAGACACGUUCUCAUUGUAUGAAUAAAGCACCUAGUGAACAUAUGUCGAAACCUAAUCCCUCUAACGACAAAAAUUUAGAUACUGCACUUUACAAGACACAGUCUAAAAAUGACCACAACACUGAAAACAAAGAAGUAACAGAAUCGCUGCAAAAUAAUACCAUGAAAACCCCUGUUAGCAAAGACCAAUUAAGCACAUUGACUGGGACAUCUAAGGUUAAGGAAAGCAAAACAAGUAUAGAAAAUGUUCAUUUUGAUCCUGACCUUGAAUCGAACACGAUCAAGAAAACAGAUAAUGCAAAUAAAGCAGUACAAAGAGAUAAAGACGAAAACAAUGUUACAGAUGAAAACGCGUCUGGCAUGCCACGUACCAAUGCUAUCGACAAUACGACAAAUUCAAUCCCUAAUCAAAAGGCUCAGAACGAUGAAUAUGUUGAUUUACCGAUAUCCGAGAAGACAGGAGGGACAAAUAAGUCAAAUGUAUUGGCACAUUCGGAGAAAAUAACGAAUAAUCAAUCCUGUUUCUCGUCUGUUAGCGCGAAGCCUUCAGAUAAAUCUGUAAUUAUUGAGUCGGGUUCAUUUCUGCAGACUGCGACUUGUAAAACACUAUCCAGUAGUAAUGACAAAGCAAACGUCAGUCAAAAUCAAGGACAUUUCACCGACAAUGUAUUUUUAUCGCAUCGAUUAUUACAAAAUCAAGUCAGGGUAUUAGAUACAAGUAAUUAUCACAGUGGCAAUACGUCUGAGGAGAAAUCAAAUGUAUCAGGAGGCUGCACUUCUGACGAGAAGGAGAAACCGUUACAUUUGUCGGCAAACACGACUAAUAUAGACCGUGGUAACAAUCCUCUGGAUAACACUGACAGGUUUGAUAACACUGAUGGGAAGGUCAAUGCGUAUUUCAGUGAUCACCAGUCCUGUAAUAUCAGAGAAUCAAGUAACGAGGUGAAUGUUUCUCCUGUUAAAAGCCAACAAAUUACGCUGCCAAAGCCAUACCUACUAAAUUCAGUAAAUGAUGUGUUCUCUGAAAAGGACAACUCCUCCAGUGAUACUUGCAAUGAAAUUCCAAUUUCAUAUCCCGGGGACCCUUUAAAUUUACUAAACUCUAAUAUUUCAUAUGCAUUUGAUACGAUGUCAUCAUGCAUACCGAACACAAUGCCCCCAUUGUCACAUUCCAUUGGAAAACCAGUCUUUGAUAUGAAAUCUCACAAUUACAAUGAUGAGACUACCAUUCGGCCUGAAAAUUCACAUUUUGGUAUCAACUCUUUGUAUAAACCAAUCUCUGAUUUAAAAUCGCAUAUGGGAGAAAAUAAACCUGAACAUUCAAACCAAAGCGAUAUCUUUGAAAUAAAACCGAAUGAAUUCAGAAAGAGUGACCAAGUAAAGGAAACAGGCUCAUUGGAGCUAAGAGAAUUAAAGUGUGAUAUACCCCAAAGGACAAACACGUUGCAGUCAUACAUCAAACACACGAACAAAAAGCCAUUGGUUUCAAACAGGAUAAGUGCAAAUUCUGAUUUAUUGAAACAAAGAAAAAUACCAAAAGGUUCAAAACCGGUAGAUCUGGUAAUGGCAAUAAAGCAAACGGACAAACUACAAAUACAACGUGAAAAUGUCGACACAAAGACGGAAGAGAUAUUGGAAGAAAACGUUCAGAAGACACAACCACACGACGAGGAAAAGAACAACGAUACGGAAUCAAACAUGUUUUCAAAAUUGGAAUUUUCAGAAUCUCUUGAUUCAAGCUCAGAAGACGAGGGCAUCCAAGUUGAAGAAUUCUCUUUGGAUGAUACAGAAGAUGACACGUGGUCCUUGGCAACGUUUGCAAUGCCAACAAAACUGGAAAUGGAUCAAAAAGAGGAGAAUAUACCACUUAGAUAUUACAAACAAAAGCGUUACAAGAAGAAAUCAAAAGGUUAUAUAAAACAGUUUUACCAAAAAGCUUUCGACAAAUCGCAGGAUAUAAAUGACAUAGGUCCGAAGAACCCAAUUAACUUACCUUUUAUGAAUUCACAUAUAGAGAACAAGUCGACUUCAGUCGAGGAUAGUAGCUUCAAGAUGGAGUUUGAUGAAAAAGAGGAAGGUAUAAAAAUCCAUUCUUCAAAUAAUACUAUAGCUAUAGUAGACCCAACGGGAACGUUUGCUUAUACAAGAAGUGAACAGACAACGAUGGAAGAUAAGACAAAGUCAGACACUUUGCAAAUAAGGACCGAUGACAGAGACAAAGGAAAAACAUCUAAAACUAAAGAAGAAUACACAAGGAACUCUGACAAGAACACAAGAAUGGUAAUAGAGCAAGAAAAAACAAGACAAUUGCCCCAGAAGUCAAUGAAAUGUGAGAUUGGCGAAUCUGUUAAUCAGAAUAUGGUGAAACAUCUGGGGAACAAUGAAUCUUGUAAACUAAAAGCUAUAGACAACGUUCUUAGAGAUAGCAAAAUUUCAAAUUCCGUUCCGCAGGUAACUGAAAGCAGCAAAUGCAUUACCUUAAACAGUGUCGAGAAGAGUCAAACAUUACCAGAAAUCCAUUUCAAAGAAAAAAAUGAUGUUAGUUUCGUAUCUCUUCCUGACAACGACCUUAAAAAAGAAGUAAAACCGGACAACAAAACUACAAAGACGUCUAGUUUGUUGUCAAAAGCAGAGUCGAUGUCCUUACCAAGUGUAGAAGUCAAAAGAGCGUUCUCUGUCAAUGAAUCAGGAACGAAACGGAAGAGUCAACAAUUAAAGGUAUCUACUACAAAAGAAACCAAGUCUAAAACACCGUCCACGAAAGUGGACAAAACAUCUGUAAAAAAGAAAGCAAAGAAGACUAAAACUACGAAGUUUACGAGAAACAUAACUUUUAGAGUAAGCAACGAAGAAAAACCCGUGGUCGAAAAUUACGAUAAAUUUGGAGAAAAGGAGGAAAAAUUGAGAGAAGAGAAACCAAACAAAUUUAGAUUUGAUCAACUACCGACGAUACGCAAGUCCAAAGCAAAGGAAAAACCUCAGGCAACUAAAAAAGCGCAAAAGUGUUCAACGAAAGAAAAUGAAAACUUUGAUGAGAGUGAAAAAUUACACGAAGAAUUAAAUCUUCCAAAUGUGGGAAACAAUGUACAAUCAGAAAAGCAGCCGGACGGAACAUGUAAGCCGUUGGAGAAAGAUCACGUGAUAAUUGGUGCUGAUGAAGGGGAAGGGAGGCUAGUUCAAUCCACAGAGAAGAAGUUGGUCUUGCAGAAAAAUACCAAGAAGAAAAUGAAGAAAAAAAAGAAGAAGAAGAAAGUACAAAAGACGAAGGGAUUCAGCAGCGACUCUGAUGAUGAAAUUGAAAUUGACCCAAGUGUUUAUUUUACAUCAAGGGCCGGUAACUCUUCCCGCCCUGCCUCGUCACAUGAACUUCCUCAACUAAUUAACAAAAUCAAGCUAACUGCCAGUUGCACAGACAUAAGAUCACUUUGUGGAGAUAUAGACUGACUCAUUUAACAUGCAUUGCUGUAUACUUUUACACAGCUUUGCACUUUCAUUUCUAUUUAUCAUAUUAUUCAUAUAUCGAAUAGGGCAAUUGUUUUUUUGGCAAAAAUAUAUACAUUUAUUGCACAAUCAAAUUCAAAGUGACUUCUCAGUACCCACACAUAUCGACUUUGUGUGCUGAACAAUUGAAUCACUGAACUCGCAGACAGACUUAUGGGUUUGUACAUUGAUGCCCUCAAAGUCAUAAAUCUUUUGUUAUUGCAUAAUGGAAAAGGGUUUAUUUGCAUACAGGAGUUUCUAUGUGCAUUGUCUUGUUAUAUUUGCUUUUUACUGGUAGAAAAACAAUAAAUAUCUCAAAAUGAACAAAUAUCCAUAGUAAAUGCUUUAGUCACAACGUUUCUUCCUAAUAGUAAAUUGGCUAUGUCCCUUUGUAAUUUAUCCACAACUAAACCUAAUGGCAAUGAUUAUGCAGAGUUUACC